AUGAUGGCGAGACGCGGGCAGUCACGUUCCAUCUACAGCGACAAUGGUACAAAGGAGUGCGAGCUGAGGUCCAUGGUGAAGAAAUUGAAUGAAAGUGAAGAUCUUCAAAACCGCUUGACGAGGAUUGGAGAAGGAAUUUGUUGGAAGUUUCAACCCCCGGCGAGUCGUCACUGGGGAGGAGUUCAUGAAAGUUUGGUAAAGUCCGUCAAAAGAGCCCUGUAUCGUACAAUAAAUCCGAACGAGAAGACCAAGCGAUCCAAUCCGACUGAUUUGCAAUUGUCCGCCUUGUUUGCAGAAGUUGAAAGAUUUGUCAAUCCUAGACCAAUUAGGUAUGUAAUCAGCGACCCGAAAGACAUCGAAGCCCUGACAUCGUACCAUUUCUGGCUGAAUUGACGUUCACCGGUCAUUCCUUUCGGAGAUUACAGUCGGCCGAAUUUCCAAGAUCGUUUUAGACAGACGCAACAUCUCGCGAAUCUUGUGUGGCAACAGUGGGUAAAACUAUAUCUACCGACCCUGUUGACUCGUAAGAAGUGGAAGACUGAAGAACGAAACUUAUCGGUCAAUGAUGUAGUUAUUGUUUUCGAACCUAAUCUCAAGCGUGGUGAAUGGAAGUUAGGAAGAAUUCUCGAAGUUUUCCCAGAAAAGGAUGGGCGUGUGAGAGCUGCAAAGAUCAAGACGAGCCAAGGUGUUUGUACCAGACCGAUCACGAAACUUUGUGCCUUGAAAAAAGCAAAAAAAUGGAUGAUCGUCGUCUCAAACGGAUCGAGACGGACGAUGGGGAGGAGUGAUGGACCGGCCUUUCACACCCGGAAAUUUUUUAACUGAAGAUUUGUGCCCGCCUGCCCGGAGAAAAGAGGGUUGUUCAAUUUGACAAACUCGUGGUCGAGGAAUUUUCAGGAACGCUGCUGUUUGUAUGAUAGUACGUUUCUUUUGUGAUUACGUUGAGGAAAACUAAUAUAAGUAAGUAUAUUUGGGGACAAAAGCUUCAAGUACAUUAUUGUUGAUCUGGAACGGUAAAAAACGUACUUAUUUUGUAAUAUACAGCGACGUAAUUGCAUGCGAAUUGUUAUGUUUUAUUUUCUUGUAUUUAUAUCGCUAAUUUUAGUUGUUUGGCUAAGUACUUUAUUGCCUUGACUAAAUGUGCUUUUAAUUGGACCUUUCGAGUCAUAUGUAAUGUGUUUGUAAUGUAAAAUUAUCUAUUUUUGUAGCGUUAAUUAUAUAUAAACCGUAGCUUGUGGAGUAUCAGUGUGAAAGUACUUCAUUUAAGCGUAAUAUACAGCCCCUGAGAAGGCACGCGAGGUUGGUCGGUGAUUAAUACUCAGUACGAAACCCCUGCGCAUGAACAGCCAUUUUAAGUUAGCUGUAAAAGUCCCAAUUCCAAAAGAUAUCAUCGAUAAUCAUCGUGGAAUUAGUUUAAUGCCUGGUUUUAAUCCGAAUUCUAGCUGUGCCUGAUUGUAAAAUACACCGACUUCAGGGGCAUACCAAACGGAGCAGAGUGCACCAACAACUGCAUUUAUGAUAGACGAAUCUAUCAGGGACUGCUGUGAAAAUAAGGAUAGGGUUUACACAUGUUUUGUUGAUAUCAGCAAAGCGUUCGAUUGUAUGUGGAUAGACGCCAUGCUGUACAAGUUAUACCAUCCUAUGGGAAUUGCUGGUAAAACGUGGCGUAUUAUAAAAAACUUGUUUACCAACAUGAAAGAGGUUAUUUGUGUAAAUGGUUUGUAUUCUCGUGAAUACAAUAUAUUACUAGAAAAUAGAUGCAUGCAGACACCCUCGCCUUGCUGACAAAACCAUUGUAUUUUCCGAACAUGAAGUAUCUAAAGUAGUUGUCAUGGUAACACGAUAAUUUUUUAAGAAUAUUCUUAGUUUCUUUCAAAUUAAAAAUCGCCUAAAAAUAUCACUUUUAAUUACAAAAUUAUUAAUUUCCCAACAUACUAUAUGUUAGGUAUGUUAUUAUACGUAACAUAAGCCUCAAUUUAAGGUAAAAUUCAACCACAAACGCUUCGCAAAACGUUUUAAAGUCACUAGUGUUCUUUAUCAAACUACUCUGCCUUUUAAAACGGCUUUAUUGAUAAACCUUGAGUUUGCAAUAAAAUGAUUUCAAAUUCGAGAAUUUGCAAAUAACUUUGCUUUCUUUUUCAUUUAAAAAAUUCAAUAUCAUAAAAAAGGGAAUCAAUAUUUUUAAAAAGAUACACUGAAAUUGUAUGCUGUCUUGUUUAGCUGUUUCAUAUACGCAAAGGGGCUUCGGUGGCGAAGUGGUUAGCGCACUUGCCUUUCACCUCUAAGGUCGCAGGUUCGAAUCUCAAUGAGGACUUCUCAUUGUGACUGGAACCCAGUCCUAAUGUGAAAAGAGUAAGUCAGUGGGUUUUCUCCGGGUACUCCGUGUUUCCUCCCACAGGGAAAGUUGACAGGGUGGGUUAGGCACACAAGGUCUGGAGGCAGAUCAUUAAUGAGGUAUGGACUAAUAGCGGCUGCUCAAGCGCCAUUUGUAAGCUCAAAGUCUACCUCGGUCUGCUUCACGUCAGUCCGUUUGAUCUAUCUAAUCAUAAUGUAAAACUUCUGCAAUUCAGUGUAUGCUGCCAUUGAAGUUCAAAUAUACUAUCUACUAUACUAUCUACUAAAGGCCGUCGGGUUUCAAAGCCAUUAUAAAAUCAAUAUUUGAAACAAACUUACCUUCGUUAAGGUCGGCUCCCUUCUAUUAGCCGAUUCUUUCGCAGUUUCUUUCUGAGAGAGCUUUUGGAAUUUACACAAUCUUGCAAAAAUGCGAGAAAAAGUGAAAUAUAUUUGCAACAAAUUUAUCAAUCAUCAAAUCAAGAGAUGUUUGCUGUUUCGCUGUCGUCAUGCAGUCGUUAUAAUGUAAACUUUAAAUUGGACCAAUCAGUGUCCGCUAUUCAUGACAGUCCGCCAUAUUUUUGAGAUCAGUGAGGAUGACCACUCCCCGAAACAUCGUUGGUGAGCCACGCCCGCGAUAUUUGAUAAACUUUAGACUUCGUUUCCCCGGGUGUAAAUAGCCGGGGGGAAUUAGUACCCUCGCACGUCAUCACAUCCCCCUGGUUAUUCUUGGUCUACAUCAAUGAUUUAAUAUCUGAGUUAGAAAACAGCAAGUGGGGAAUUUUCCUGUAUAAUAUCUAUUACAGCUGACCAACUUUUGCCGAUAACAUUACUCUAUUGUGCCGUCUUAAAACAGCGUUAGGUCAUCUUUUGGAUAUUUUAAAUACAUUCAGUCGGUCUUGGAGAGUUACAGUCAACAUUAAGAAAAUGGUUACUAUGGUAUUUGGAGAGAAAGUGAGAAAAAUUCCAACACCGGAAAGAAUUAAUAGGUAGUUAGUCAACCUAUUAAAGAAGUACUAACGUGGAAAAUUUUGGGUACCAUAUGGAACUCAAACAACAAGUUUGACUCAACAUUUCAUAUCGUGCUGAAGAAAGGCUAUGCAGUAAUUGAUAUGAUGGUUUGGCAUGGCGGCCUGAACCCCAAGGUAGCAACUAAGCUAUUGAGAAGUAUUGCCCUUUCGCAUCUGCUGUAUGGUUGUGAAAUGUGGUACUUAACUAGCUUUGAAACAGUUCUCUAAACUUGAGAAAAUCCAAAAUAUAUUUUGUUGGAAAGCACAAUCGCUACUUCCAGGCAUUUCAGGAUCAGCAGCAAGAGGCCUAACGGGUCUUGGCAGAAUAGAAACGGGCAUCAGUAGGAGAAAUCUAUACUUUAUGGGUCGUAUCAUUAACUUCAGCUCAACAGAAGCCUUCAGGAAAUUAUUUGUACGUCUGUUAAUAAAAUGGAAGUGGAGAUGUGACGCUGUAGAUGGAUUUAUUCUCGAUCUCAUUAGAAUUUUGAAUGACGUUCAUGAAGGACUUUAUAACCUCAAAGAGUUUUCCGACGAAAAAGCAAUGGAAGAGGAUUGUAAAUAA